CUGCUCUCUGGCUCCCGACAGGUGGGCUACAGUGCCCAGGACCUCAAAGGGCUGACUGUGGAGCACACCAUCGAUUCGUUCCAGGAAGGACAGACGGUGGUCCUGACCCUCAAAGACAAAGGUGUCUUGGAGGAGGAAGGUGGCGACGUACUGGUGAACGUCAACAUGGUGGACAGGGAGAAGGCCAAGAAGAACGUGGAGCUGCGCAAGAAGAAACCGGAGUACAAACCCUACGAAGAAGAGGAGAGCGUGGACGACAUGGUGGUCUUCAAGCACAAAGGCGUCCUCUCCAAGUACGACGAAGAGAUCGAAGGGGAGAGGAAGAAGUCCUUCAAGCUGGAUGCGGUGGGCAUGGCGGACGGCUCCCGGGAACGGGAGCUCCAGGACAUCCGGGACAGCCUGCAGAUUCGGGCCCAGUCGCUGGACCUGCCCAACCUCCACCUGGCCUCGGAGUACUACAGCCCCGAAGAGAUGACCACUUUCAAGAAGACGAAGCGACGGGUGAAGAAGAUACGUAAGAAGGAAAAGCCCGUGAAGGCCGAGGACCUGCUGUCCUUUGGCAUCGAGAGCAGCGAGCAGGAUUUCGGGUCCAGGACCCGGGGCCGGGGUAAACGGCGAGUGCCUGUGAAAGAGGAAGAAGAGGAGAAGGAGGAAGAGGAGGAGGGAUCCCUGGUCACCACCAGCAGAAACGGAGCAGGAGAGCAGCUGAUCCAGUCAGACGACAUCCGUGUGGAAAAAAUGGAGAUCAGCAGUGAGGAUGAGGAUGCCAUGGAGGACCCCGACUCUCCCCCUGUCCUGGAGGAAGAUGAGGCCGAGAUGGAGCUGCAGAAACAGCUGGAGAAAGGCCGGAAGCUGAGGCAGAUCCAGCAGUUGAAGGACAGCGGUGAAAAGGUGAUUGAAAUUGUGCGGACCCUGGGGCGCAGCCGGAGCCAGGAGGACGACGCUGAGCUCGAGAAGAAGGGGGCCAUUGUCUUUAACGCCACCUCCGAAUUCUGCCGCACACUCGGGGAGAUCCCCACCUACGGGCUGGCCGGGAACCGGGAGGAGCAGGAAGAACUUCUGGACUUUGAACGCGACGACGAGAGGUCAGCCACCGGCGGCUCCGACUCGGAUGGCGAGGAGAACAUUGGUUGGAGCAUGGUCAACCUGGAUGAAGAGAAGCACCAGCAGGAUUUCUCCACCUCGUCCACCACCAUCCUGGAUGAGGAGCCCAUCGUCAACCGGGGACUGGCCGCCGCCUUGAUGCUGUGCCAGAACAAAGGCUUGCUGGAGACCACGGUGCAGAAGGUGGCACGGGUGAAGGCGCCCAACAAGUCGCUGCCCUCGGCCGUUUAUUGCAUUGAGGACAAGAUGUAAGUGGGCAGAGAGAGA